UCAGAAGCCACUAACUAGGACCUUCGACCACUCUUCAAGCCGCUCCCAGCAGCACCAACAUUUGCCAUGAAAGUUCCAGUCUCUUCCCUCCUUGUGUUCCUGCUACUAAUGCUGACGGCCAUGGUCUCUAGCAGCACAAAUCCAGGGGUCGCCAGAGGCCACAGGGAACAAAGCCAGACUUCUGGAAGGUGGCUCCAGCAAGGCAGCCAAGAAUGUGAGUGCAAAGAUUGGUUCCUGAGAACCCCUAAAAGAAAACUCAUGACAGUGCCUGGGCUGCCAAAGAAGCAGUGUCCCUGUGAUCGUUUCAAAGUCAAAGUGAAGAAAACCAGACAACAAAGGCACCACAGGAAGGCAAACAAGCACUCCAGAGCCUGCCAGCAAUUUCUCAAACGAUGUCAGCUAGCAAGCUUUGCUCUGCCUUUAUAGUUCUCAGAGCCCACUCUUCCA